CCAAGCCCAAAGAUGUCUGCCUCCGCUUUGCAACUGGUACCUUACGAAGCUACAUAACAUCAGAGCGGGCGCAGCCAUGCUGAAAAAGGUGCUCAAAUCCGUAAGGGAAAAGGAGUCUUCCUUUAGGGAGUUGGGAGCAGGUUGAGCGACUUGCAGGAAUGCUUCUGAAGAAAGGUUUAGGGUCUGGAGAAGCCAAGGUGGUAGAGGAAGGUAGCAUGCCUCACUGUGGGCACAGAGUAAACAAAUUUAGUUGAAGGAAAAGAUCUUCUUCAGCCAAAAUUGGUGGUGGAAGUUUGGUGACACCUCCAGAGUGAAAGCUCACAGGUCGUGGUUCCUGGAGCAAGAUACAUCACGUGAUGUGAGAAGGUUUCACGACCUAGAUAUCAUCAUUUGUGGGGACAUCACUGCCUGGAGACAGAUUUCUAACCAGAAAUUUAGGGCAGUUCAAGAAGAGGCUCAGGAGACAUCCUAGCUUUGGCUCUUUCCCAAUAACAGAUGAAAAUGAUCAAGGACCAGGGAUCGCUGACACUGGAGGAUGUGGCCGUGGACUUCACGUGGGAGGAGUGGCAGCUCCUGGCCCCUGCUCAGAAGGACCUGUACCGGGAUGUGAUGCUGGAGAACUAUAGCAACCUGCUGUCCGUUGGGUAUCAAGCCAGCAAGACGGAUGCUCUCUCCAGAUUGGAACGAGGAGAACCGUGGCCAGUAGAAGAUGAAAUCCACAGUCGAAUCUGUCCAGAAAUGAGGAAAGAUGACUGUCUUCUGCAGGAGGACUUGCAAAAUCAAAGAUGUCCAAAAAGAAUGGAACAAUGUCACGAACAUAAUGCACUUGGAAACAUUGUUCAUCAGAGCAAAAGUAACUUUCCUUUAAGGCAAAAUCAUGAUAUGUUGGACUUUCAUGGGAAAACACUGAAAUCAAAUUUAAGUUUAGUCAACCAGAACAGAAGCUAUGGAGUAAAGAACCCUCUUGGAGAUGGAGAAUCCUUCCUCCAUGCAAAGCAUGAGCAAUUUCACAGUGAAAUGAAAUUUACUGAAUGCGGAAGUUCUAUGAACACAAAUUCACAGUUCAUUAAACAACUAGGAACUCAGAAGAUAAAUAAACCCCACUUAUGCACUGAAUGUGGGAAAGCUUUCAUCAAGAAGUCCCGCCUCAUCGAUCAUCAGAGAGUGCACACAGGAGAAAAACCUCAUGGAUGCAGUAUAUGUGGGAAAGCCUUCUCCAGAAAGUCCAGGCUCACUGAACACCAGAAAACCCAUAUAGGAGAGAAACGGUAUACAUGCACUGAAUGUGACAAAGCCUUCCCCAAGAAAUCACGGCUGCUUAUUCAUCAGAAAACUCAUACAGGAGAAAAACCCUACGUAUGCGAGGAAUGUGGAAAAGGCUUCAUCAAGAAGUCUCGGCUCAUUAAUCAUCAGAGAGUUCAUACAGGAGAGAAACCUCAUGGGUGCAGUCUAUGCGACAAAGCAUUCUCCAGGAAGUCCCGGCUCAUUGAACAUCAGAGAACUCAUACGGGAGAAAAACCAUAUGAAUGCACUGAAUGUGACAAAGCCUUCCGCUGGAAAUCACAGCUUAAUGCACACCAGAAAACUCAUACAGGAGAGAAAUCAUAUAUAUGCAGUGAUUGUGGAAAAGGCUUCAUUCAGAAGGGCAAUCUCAUUGUACAUCGGCGAACUCACACUGGAGAGAAACCCUAUAUGUGCCAUGAAUGUGGAAAAGGCUUCAUCCAGAAGGGCAAUCUCCUCAUACAUCAACGAACUCACACUGGAGAGAAACCCUAUGUAUGCACUGAAUGUGGGAAAGGCUUCAGCCAGAAAACAUGCCUCAUCUCACAUCAGAGAUUUCACACUGGAAAGACUCCCUUUGUAUGUACCGAAUGUGGAAAAUCGUGUUCACACAAGUCUGGCCUCAUUAACCAUCAGAGAAUUCACACAGGAGAGAAACCCUACGCAUGCAGUGACUGUGGGAAAGCCUUCAGGGAUAAGUCGUGCCUCAAUAGACAUCGGAGAACUCAUACAGGAGAGAGACCCUAUGGAUGCACUGACUGUGGGAAAGCCUUCUCCCACUUGUCAUGCCUCGUGUACCACAAAGGGAUGCUGCAUGCAAGAGAGAAACGUGGAGGUUCAGUCAAGUUGGAAAAUUCUUUCUCAGAGAGUCCCAGCUCAUCACGUUCGAGUGAUAUUGUACAGGGGAAAAACCCUGUUAAUGUGGUGAGCGUGCACACACCUUCUGUGGCAGCUGAGACUCCAUUCCACAGUGAUGGGUUCCUAGCAGAUAGGAAUGUAGUAGCCCUUGUGGGACAGCCAGGUGCCACAGGUGCAGUGUCAGCAGAUAAUAGCAUUUGCACAGAAGAAAAACCUAAUGAAUGCAGUGAGUGUGGUAGCACCUUCAGUGAUCAAUUAUGUCAUAUUUUACAUCACAGAAAACACACAGAAAUAAACUGUGAUACAGUGAAGGUGGAAAACCCUUGAAUAAAACCUUUUAGAUCAUCCUGUGGCUGGCGAGUGUAUACUGAGACAAACAGUAUAAACACAGAGACUGGGAAAGCCUUUUGUGGAAAGAUAGACCCUAUCAGGGCUUCAUAAGUCACAUACUGUCAGUGAGGACAUAGUUGGUAGAAAUGUAAUGACCAUGGAAAAAUCCUUCCCCAGAAAUAAGACUUCAGUUGGUAUCAGAGAGUUUACACAGGAGAGAAAUUGUUGGACCUCUGAAGGCAGUAACUGUGGCAGGGUCGUCAGUGGUACAUUCUGCCUCAUUGGUUGCAGGGGAAAUCAUAUAGAAAUAAAACUCUGAACACACCAACUAUGGAAUGUCUUUGGCAAAAUAUCAGAAAAUUCAUGAAGCAAAUAAGCCCUGUGAAAGUGAAUCUUUUAGAGAUUUCUGUCACAAUCCUAACAUAAUCAUAUAUAAGAUUAUAUACAUAGUGUACAUUUUAGGACAGUAUACCUUGAAUCAAAUGCCUAAUUGAUACGUCAGUAAUGCUUUAAAUCAAAGGAGGGUGUCUGUGUUGCACAUAAUUGAUUAAAGUUAUAAUGCAGUUCACCCCCCUCGUUUGGGGGACAUGGGUCUUCUUUUCCCACCCAGGAUUAUUAUAUGGUUAACUCUUGGAUUUCUUCAGUUCUAAAUUUAUUCAGUUUGUUAUUUCAGUCUACCAAAAGUCCUUCAGAAGGAAACUGAAUACAUUUAAUCUGAUAAUGUAACAUAGCAUGUUUGGAUAUGCUUAACUUUAUAAAUCUCACCUGGAAGAACAAAGGUCAAAAUUCAUGAAUAACCUAUUAGCCAAGCUCUUGCCGUAGAAGAUAGUUCCCAUCCUGUACACACACCACUCAGAAAAACUUUAACAACUGUUUCCUUGACCUGGUCCUGUCCUAGGGCUAUAGAUGAUGAACUUAACAGAAUGAUGUCAGUGAUGAACUUAACAGAAAGUCCUUGCCGCCUUUGAGCUGGAAAUUUUUUUAAAGCUAGGUUUCAUGUCUAUAGCAAUUUUACCCUCUGGCAAAGAUAAUCAAAGGAUGUGUACACCUACAUUUGUUGAAAAGGACAUAUAGUAUAAGGAACAAAGUAUCCUGAUAAUUUCCUGUUUAAGGGACAUAUCAGAGGGGGAAAAGGAAAGGAUUUACUUAAUUUUACAUAGAAAAAGGUAUGGAUACUUUUAAAAAUUUUUCACAUCCACCUAGACUAUAAAUUCCUUGACAGUAUAUAGAUAAUUGUAUAUUCCCCAGCACAUAGCAAAAUAGGAAAUGAAUUAUACGUAGAUUUGAAAAAUGAAUGAAGGCGAAUGAAUGACCUCAUGGACUAACUAAUCAAAUUUAUUUUUGUCACUGAAGGAAAGGAGCUACUGGCAAGCAAUUCUCAGGCUCACUAUUAUUCCAAGAAACAUUUGUUUCUUGAAUAGAGGCUCCUGUCAGACUAUAAAAAGGGCAGAUCAAAGAAGGACUAGGAUCCACAGAAUAAGCCCAAUUAAUGGAAGAAAAUAACGUCACUAAAAAUGGAGGACUGGGGAGUUCCCUGGCGGUCCCAGUGUUUAGGAAUUGGCAGUUUCAACUGUGGUGGCCCAGGUUUGACCCCUGGUCGGGGAACUAAGUCCCACAAGCCAUGUGGCACAGCCAAAAAAUAAAAUUAAUUAAAAUGGAGGUUGGUACAUGAGACAGGUGAUGGUGAGAUCCCUUUGACUGUUUUGGAGAACAAACCUUACAUUUGUCCACAGGCUUAUCACCUUUUAGAGUUGCCGCCAUUUCAAAGAUCUAAGCUCCUCUGUAGCUCAAUGAAUUGAGACGUGAUUUAGCCUCAUCAUUCAUUCUCUCCUGGGACUGGGGCCCUUGUCCUCUAUUUCUAGUCCUAGGGUUCUUUCCCUUGAUCCAAUAAUGAUGUAUACAGCUUAAAAACAGUCCUACUUACAAGGAAGAAAAAAAAAAGUGGAAAUUUGCCAUGGAGUGUCUGUCCCAUAAUUGAAUUUCCAAACUCUAGGUGUGUGAGUAACUCACUACAACAAAUAUAUUUCUGAGCAUUGGCACUGUUGUAGACACAGGAUAUGCUGGUGAACAAAACAUGCAAAGUAGUGGCCUUUUCACAGGAUGGAUUCAGGACAGAUGCUCCUCAGUAAAGCAUCAGAAAUGGAUUCUUCUUCAACUCGGAGUGCAGCUCCCUUCCACUUCUUGUGAAUUGCACGUCCUAUCAUGGCAGUCACGGCGUCUUUCCCAGUGAAAUCGUCUGUCUGGGUUCCCGAAUGGGCUGCCCAAGCCUGCCCUGAGGACCAGGUGCUGAACUCACCUUUCAGAGGUUGGCAUUCCAGGCUCCAGGGUUUGGGCUGUAGAAAGCUGUGGAAGUGCUAGCCUCAGAUCUGCUGCUCUUGGGGCAAUCAUGGAGCCUGAGGUUUGUGUGUUUCUAUCUUUAAAAAAGUUUUUAAAAUUGAGAUAUAUUUGAUGAACAGUAUUAUGUAAGUUUCAAAUGUGCAACAUAGUGAUUCACAAUUUUUAAAGGUCAACUCCAUUUAUUGUUAUUAUAAAAUAUUGGCUCUAUUCCCUGUGUUAUACAAUAUAUCCUUGUAGCUUAUUUAUUUUAUACGUAGUAGUUUGUACCUCUUAAUCUCCUACCCCUAUCUUGCCCCUCCCCACUUCCCUCUCCCCACUGGUAACCACUAGUUUAGUCUCUGUAUCUGUGAAUCUGCUGCUUUUUUGUUAUAUUCGCUAGUUUUAUUUCUUAGAUUCCACAUAUAAGUGAUAUACAGUAUUUGUCUUUCUCUGACUUAUUUCACUUAGCAUAACACCCUCAAAGUCCAUCCAUGUUUUUGCAAAUGGCAAAUUUUCAUUCUUUUUUAUGGUUGAGUAGUAUUCUAUCAUAUAUAUAUAUACACCAGAUCUUCUUUAUCCAUUCAUCUGUUGAUGGACACUUAGUUUCCUUCCAUAUCUUGGCUAUUAUAAAUAAUGCUGCUGUGAACAUAGGGAUACAUAUAUCCUUUUGAAUUAGUGAGUUCAUUUUUUAGAUGUAUACCCAGGAAUGAAAUUGCUGUGUCAUAUGGUAGUUCUAUUAUUAGUUUCUUUUUUUUUUAAUUGAAGUAUAGUUGAUUUACAAUGUUGUGUUAGUUUCAGAUGUACAGCAAAGUGAUUCAGUUCCAUAUAGGAACUUUUCCAUUAUAGGUUAUUACAAGAUAUUGAAUAUAGUUCCCUGUGCUAUACAGUACGUCCUUGUUGUUUUUCUGUUUUAUAUGUAGUAGUGUGUAUCUGUUAAUCCCAAACUCCUAAUUUAUUCCUUCCUCUCUCCCUGCUGUUUUUAGUUUUUUGAGAAAUCUCCAUACUGUUUUCCACAGUGGCUGAACCAAUUUGUGUGUGUUUCUAUCUUUGUGGAAGAAAGUGGUUUCAUGUACCACAGUGUUUUAAGGGAUGAUUUCAGAAGUUCAGGUUUUGCGUCUGUGACUACGUGGCCAUCCUCCAAGGGAGCUCUGGGUAGUAAACUCCUUUAAGGAAGUAACAAGGAGAGAAGAGAAACACUUUAUAUUAAACGGGACCGUGUUGUGACAGGAAUCCCCGACAUAUGACGACAUGGCUAUGAAGUUCACGUGGGAGGAGUGGCAGCUCCUGGACCCCAAUCAGAAGGACCCGUACCCAGAUGUGAUGCUGAAGAACCAUAGCAACCUGGUGUCUUGUGGGGUGUCAAGCCUGCAGACCAGAUGCAUCCUCCAAGUUGGAACGAGGGGAAGAACCGUGGCCAAUAGAAGAUGAAAACCGCAGUUGAACCUGUUCAGCAUCUCUGCCUAUUUCUUCCACCUGCCUUGCUACAAGAUUCUACCUUCCUGCUCUUACUCCAAAGAUCUUUGAAGGGACCUCCCUGGUGGCGCAGUGGUUAAGAAUCCUCCUGCCAGUGCAGGGGACACGGGUUCGAGCCCUGGUCCAGGAAGAUCCCACAUGCCACAAAGCAACUAAGCCCAUGUGCCACAACUGCUGAGCCCACGGCCACAACUACUGAAGCCCGUGCACCUAGAACCCGUGCUCAGCAACAAGAGAAGGCACCACAAUGAAAGGCCUGUGCACCGCAAUGAAGAGUAACCCUUGCUCGCCGCAACUAGAGAAAGCCUGCACACAGCAAUUAAGACCCACUGCAGCCAAAAAUAAAUAAAUUUAUUUUUUUAAAAAAAGAAAAAUGAUCUUUGAAUUCAGCAGUCUUCUAACUAGUGCAUCUUCCUGCUUCGUUGGGAAAUAGUGAUUUCCCUUCCUGACAUUUAACCCCACGUUAAAUGCUUUACCCACAUCAUAACCUGAUCUCUGUGUGUUUAUAUGGUUUCUUAGCUUCUUGCUAUAGAUUAAAUGUUGGGGUCCCCCCAAUCAUGUGUUGAAACCCUAACCACAAGGUGAUGGUAUUAGGAGAUGGGAUCUUUGAGAGGUGAUUAGGUCAUGAGGACCCAGAGAGAGCUCUUGUCCCUUAUCCCAUGUGAGGUGGGGGCUAGAAGGCUCUGUCUAUGAGGAAGCAGGCCCUCACCAGGCACCAAAUCUACUAGCGUCUUGAUCAUGGACUUCUUAGCCUCUGAAACCAUGAGAAGUAAAUUUCUGUCCUUUAUAAGCCACCCAAUCUAUGGUAUUUUUUAUAGCAGCUCGAAUGGACUAAGACUUCUCUUUGCCCCAGUCUGGAAUUCUCCAGAGGUUCUGUUUUCUUUAUUCUCUCUCCCACAAUUUGAACUCAUCAGGAAGCCGUGUCUCACUCUAUCAUAUAUCCUCAUUUCCUGCACCUCUCUCCAUCACCUUUGCUCCUUCAGACCACUUCUCAGAGUUUGUAGCUUCUUCCUUUUUUUCUUUGCUUGAUUGUUUUUUAAAUUAAUUUAUUUAUGGAAGUAUAGUUAAUUUACAGUGUUGUGUUACUUUCAAGUGUUCAGCAAAGUGAUUCAGUUAUAUAUAUAUAUAUAUAUUUUUUUCAGGUUCUUUUCCAUUAUAGGUUAUUACAAGAUGCUGAGUAUAAUUCUCUGUGCUGUACGGUAGGUCCUUGUUGUUUAUUUUAUAUAUAGUAGUGUGUAUAUGUUAACCUGAAACUUCUAAUUUAUCCCUCCCCUGGCUUUUCCCUUUGGUAACCAUAAGUUUGUUUUCUAUGUCUGUGAGUCUAUUUGUGUUUUGUAAAUAAGUUCAUUUGUAUCAUUUUUUUAGAUUCCUCAUAUAAGUGAUAUGAUAUCUGCCUCUGACUUGCUUCACUUAAUAUGAUAAUCUAUAGGUCCAUCCAUUUAUUAUUUAUUUAUUAUUAUUUCAUUUUUGCUAACCAGGAUGUCAACACAGGUGAGAAGAAAGAAUAUGUUCGUGUGUCCCCAACACCAGCACUAUGGCCAGUACAUAAUAGGCAUUUAAUAAGGAUUUACUGAAUGAAAGAAAGCAGCCCCUAUAAUUUUUUAUUUUAAAAUAUUUAUUUAUUUGGCUGUGCCGGAUCUUAGUUGUGGCACAUGGGAUCUUCAUUGCCAAGUGCGCAAUCUUUUAGUUGCAGUAUGCGGGCUCUUAGUUACGGCAUACAGGAUGUAGUUCCCUGACCAGGGAUCCAACCUUGGCCCCCUGCAUUGGGAGCGCAGUGUCUUAAUUACUGGACCAACAGGGAAGUCCCAGCCCUUGUAAUUUUGGAUCAGGUUUUCCUACCGCCUCUAUUUUCUCUUCUAACAGUGACUUUCUUGUUUUUUUUUAGUACCUUUGCACAUUUUGCAAGGCAGUAUUUAGAAAGCAGCCAGAUCUAUAUUUAUUCGUUGUGAAUUACCUUACCUUGUUUGUACACUUUCUGCUUUUGCGACUUGAUUUUUGUGUAUUGUGGUUUUCCCAAUGUCUAAGAAACAAGGAACAUUUUUUUUAUUUUAUUGAAAUAUAGUUGAUUUACAAUGUUGUGUUAAUUUCUGCUGUACAGCAAAGUGAUUCAGUUAUACAUAUAUAUGCAUUCUUUUUCAUAUUCUUUUACAUUAUAGCUUAUCAUAGUAUUAUAAGGAACAUUAUUAAAGAUUCUUUUGUACUGAGAUCAUGCAACCAACACUAAAGAUUUGAUCCACACCUAAGCAUUCACGUUCUCAUCUUUUCUACAAGUCAAGCAAGUUGAUGAUCAACUGCAGGAACACUUGCAUAACCAAUGAUGCCUAAAGCGGAUGGAACAAUGCCACGAACAUCAUGCCUUUGAAAAUACUGUUCAUCCAGCCCAAAAGCAUUUUCCUUUAAGACAAAAUCAUGGAAAUUCUGCAAAUUUAAAUGUAGUAAAAUCAGAACAGAAGCUAUGAAAUAAAGAACCCUGUGGGGUGUAACAGAGAUGGGAAAUCCUCUCUUUAUAAAGGAUGAGCAAAUUCAUACUAAAACUGCCUGAAAUUGGAAAACUCAGCAGCACUAAGGCUCUGUUCAUUAAGCAUCAGAGAGAUCGCAGAGUUGAGAAAUCCCAUGUAUGCAGUGAAUAUGGGAAAUCCUUCAUCAGGAAGUCUCGGCUCAUUAAACAUCAGAGAAUUCACCUGGGAGAGAGACCCCCAUGGAUGCAGCAUACGUGAGAAAGCACAUACCACAAAGUCCAGGCUCACCGAACACCAGAAAAUCCAUACAGGAGAGAAACCUUACGUAUAUGCUAAAUGUGGCCAAGCCUUCCUCAUUGAAUCACGUAUCAUUUUACCUCAGAAAACUCAGACUGGAGAGAAACCCUCUAUAUGUAGAUUGUGGAAAUGGUUUCAUCCCGAAGGUCAGUUUCAUUGUACAUUGGACAAAGUAUAGGAGAUGAAAAGUGGUAAGAUCCCCUUGGGAUGUACUCGAGAAGAAACCUUGUAUUUAUUUGUUCACAGGCCUAUCACCUUUGAGAGUUACCAUCACUUCAAAGAUUCCAUCCCCCCCAAAAAAAAGAUUCCAUCCCCUCUAUGACCUGUUCAAUUAGACAUGUGAUUUUCCUUAUCUUUUUCAUUCCUUCUUACUCUUAUGAGCGGAGCUCUUAUCCCCUCUUCUUAUCCAGAGUCUUUCCCUUGAUCUAUUAAACAUAUCCUGCUAAAAAAUCUUGAGUCCUGCUUAAAGAACAAGAAAUGGAAAUUUGCUAUGCAGUAGCUGUCCUACAUUUCCAUCACAAACCCUUGGAUUAUCGGGUAAAUUUACUCCAACAUAAUAUUUUUAAACACCUAAUCUUGGCCAUCUAAUAUUUAUUCAA